AUGACUCUCUAUAAGACCGUGGCUAUUACGAUAUGCAAGAUGGCCGUUAAUUACAUUGACGGCAUUCUGGAAAAGAAUGCAACGGAGGAACAGAUUGAAGAGGCUGUGAGGAAAGUCUGCAGCUUCCUGCCCGACUCCUUCCAGACCGAGUGUGACCAGAUGGUUCAACAGUAUGAACCGAUGCUCAUCCAGCUGCUCCUCCAGAUGCUCGACCCCGACUUUGUGUGCAUGAAAGUGGGAGCCUGUCCUGAAGCCGAGCGCAAGCUGCUGGGAACAGAGCCGUGCAGCUGGGGCCCUGCGUUCUGGUGCAAGAACAUGGAGACAGCGUCUCGCUGCAAUGCGGUGGCUCAUUGCAAACGCCAUGUGUGGGCGUAGAGGAAGCGCAACCUGACCUGGAAGGGAAUUGAAAGAAGAAUUACUCUCGUGCUGCAUCCCCCUUAAUUUUGGUCCCAUUAUUGUUUUUAAUGACUGCAGUUUGUUUAAUAAACUUUUGAUAUUUUUAAUGUCAUGGCGGAAAGGGACUGGACUUGUUUUCUGGGGGUGUGUGGCAAGGGAGGAGAGAUGUGAUCUGCAGCUCCGCUUGUUGCUGCUUCACUUGGAAAAAGUCCCAAAGCGCCACCGUCGGGUUGCAUCAUUUAGGUUGUACUUAACAAUGUUGCUUGCUGGGUGUGUUCUGUAAGAACAUGGAUUGUAGAAAAUCAUUUAACGUCUGCAGCAGCGCUGCUGUCCUGAUUUGUCCCCCCCCCUCCUGUAUUUGAAUCUUUCUCCCUAGGGCAAGUGAACGCAAAUGGAAGAAACUGCUCUGUGUUCAGGAUGACGGCAGUACGUCUGAGCCCAAAACAAAUUUGUAUUUUGUAGAGGGGAAAAUGUGUCUAUUACCGAGUGUACCUCCCAUUGUUUGCACCGUUUGUAAAUCACUGUUUCUAACUUACAGAGAGCAUCUCUAAUGCUCAAACGUAAGCCAACUGUCAGUCUGUAAAUGUUUAACAAUUAAAGUGAUCCCAAUCCA